UCCAUAGAAACUAAUGAAUUCUAUUGCACGCACUGGCAGCAAUUCCGACGACUAUCAGGUCGCCGACCCCCAAAGCCUCUCUUCCUUUGUUUUUUUUUUUAGUUUGCAUUGCGUGUUGAUCCUCAGAAAUUUCGGCGACGUUUCUGAUCGUCGACAGAAGAAGCUGAAACUAGAGUAGAGCUGCGAAGGGGGCAGGAGAAAUUUACGGACUUUUUAACGGAGAUGGGUCGGCUUUUUCUGGUGAAUCUAGAUGGCAAGGGUUAUAGCUGCAAGCACUGCCAGGCCCAUCUGGCCCUCAGCGAAGAUAUCGUUUCCAAGUCUUUUCAUUGCAGGCAUGGGAAGGCUUAUCUAUUCAGCAAGGUGGUCAAUGUAACGAUUGGACUAAAGGAGGAUCGAAUGAUGAUGACAGGAAUGCACACAGUGUCUGAUAUUUUUUGUGUUGGUUGUGGAUCCAAUGUGGGGUGGAAAUAUGUGGCUGCAUAUGACAAGGGCCAGAAGUACAAGGAAGGAAAAUUUAUUCUUGAAAGGUUUAAGGUGUCGGGUCCUGAUGGAAGCCAUUACUGGGCCAGCCAUGAAUCUCACGUCGGCGGAAGCGAUGCAGAAGAUGCAUGA